AUGUCAACGCAAUUUGUCAUUAUCCUCCGCAAAAAUUCAAUUACAACGCAAACUGCACUGCCUUGCAUGUCGCAAUCGCUAACGGAAGCCAAUUGCGAAGAUGAAGAUUGUAAAUAUUCAGGAACCAAAGAAUAUUUCAAUCGCACGCCGUUACUUAUCGCCAUCGAUCAAGGAAACAGGGAAAUUGUUGAAUUGCUGAUCAGAAAUCACGCGGAUAUUAAUUUUAUCACCACUGCAGGAGAAUCCGCGUUUGGCCUGGCUCUGAAAAACGACAACAAUGAACUGAUUCAAUUAUUAUUAGAUGCCGGAGUAGAUAUUAAUUUGCAUUCAAACAAUGUAACUUCUUUACACUGGGCAGUCGCCAGGAACAAUUAUCCUAUUGCUGAGUAUCUGAUUAAUAAAGGAGCUGAUGUUAAUACCGUAUGCCAUUACCCGCCGAGGGAGUGUUUCAAUACAUGCUGCUCGGCAUUGCACGUCGCGGUUAAAAACAAAAACAAAGAUAUGAUUGAAUUGUUGCUGAAAAAUAAUGCGGAUGUUAAUAUCAAAGCUAAUUGCGAUGAAACUACUCCCUGUCAUUUUCCUGUAAGAGAUUACUUCAAUCGCACGCCAUUACACAUCGCCGUUGACAAAGAAGACAAAGAAGUAGUGAAGCUGUUGAUAAAAAAUAAGGCUGAUGUCAAUAUCAGCACUAGAACUGGGGAAACUGCUCUCGGUAUUGCUGUGAAGAAGAAUAAUUUUGCUCUGGUAAAAUUGUUACUGAAUGCUGACGCUGAGAUUAAUUCGUCCAAUGAGUCGCCGUUACAUUUAGCUAUCAAGCGACGGCAUUAUAAAAUGGCGGAGUAUCUUCUCAACCGCGGUGCUGAUUUUAAUAUCAGAGACUCAGGCGGUGCAGUAAUUAAUUUACAAUGUGCUGAUGAAGAUUUUAAAGUUGUCAUCAAGCGGCAUAUCGUUAAACUGGAGGCUGCUAAUUUGUAUGCUGGUUCAUAUUUAUGUGAAAUUGGAGAUGGGUUUGAUUGGUUGUAUAGAGAAUGUUAUCAUGAGAUUAAAUUAAUGAGGAAAACUUGUAUCGGUAAAAGUAAUUUAACUUUUUAUAAUUUGCUGACUAUGUGCCAACAUAAAUUAGCUCUGCGACUGAAACACGUUGAUGUAAAUUAUGCGGGUUCAGUUCUUAAGGGAACAGCGAGAUCGAAGUUCCCAUUGUAUGGGGAAAUGAAAAGUUUUCAUUUAUUUGAAAAUUAUCAGACUAUUUGA